UCCAUAAUUUCAUCUCUUGUAAAAUCAAUCUUUUCAUUUUCAUUUCACAAGAAUUGGUGUCUCUCUUCAAUAAUAUAAUGUCCAUAAGUUUGCAUGUGGUUCAGUCAGGCCCAACAACACUGUUUUCAAUCUUCUUAGCAAUCCUCCUUCUACCCAUAUCAUGUAAUGAUUUAGAUCAAAAGUAUUUCAUUCUAGUGAACCAAUGCAAAUUCAGAGUAUGGCCAGCUUCCUUUUCUACCGCUCAAAACACAACUCUUGAAACCAACCACUUUAGUUUAAAAAUGUGGGACAGGUCCACUGUUUGGGCUCCUCCAACUUGGAACGGCCACGUUUGGGGCCGAACUCUCUGCAGAACUAAUUCAGCCACAGGAGGGAACUUCUCAUGCAUUACUGGCGAUUGCGGUACUGGCAAGCAAUCAUGUGAUGGAAUGCGAGACAUGCCCCCUGCCACACUAGCAGAAUUCCGUCUAGGAAAAAAUGGUCUUGUUUUUUAUAAUGUUGAUGUUGUAGAAGGUUUCAAUAUCCCCAUAGUGGUGGUUCCUAUUGGUGUUUCUGGUGAGAACGUGAAUUGUAGCACUGCAGGUUGCCUUACAAACAUUAAUAAUAUGUGUGCAAAAGACAAUGGGACAAACACAUUUACUUGUUCAACUAAUUUGUAUAAGAUCAUAUUUUGCCCAGCUUCCAGCAUGGGACUUUUCGAUCAAAGUGUGAGUGUAGACGACUCAUUCACUGCUGGCAAUGGGACAAAUCAGUUGCUCUCUUCUUCGAGAGAGUUUGCUUUUGGUACUUUGAUCAUUGUCAUUUUAAUUAUUUUGGGAUUCUCCAUCGCUAUAGUUAUAACAUUGGUUGGCGCAAUUUUUUAUUGGUACAACUCAAAGAAGAUAAAAAGUAGCACAACCAACAAAAAAGUUGUUGAUAGAAAUUUGAGAAUUUUUUCUUUCAAGGAAAUUACAAAAGUAACAAACAAUUUUAGGGAAGAAUUAGGAAGAGGGUCUUGUAGCAUUGUAUACAAAGGAAAGGUAGAUGUGGAUACUUGUGUCGCGGUUAAAAAAUUGGACAAGUUAUUUCAAGAUAGUGAUAAGGAAUUUCAAACUGAAAUGAAUGUGAUAAUCAAAACUCAUCAUAGGAACCUUGUGCGUCUUCAUGGGUAUUGUAGUGAAGAUCAACACAGGAUUUUGGUGUAUGAGUUAAUGAGUAAUGGUACUUUAGCAAGAUUUCUUUUCACACCUUUGAAACCAAACUGGAACCAACGAGUUCAUAUUAUCAUUGGGAUUGCAAGAGGUCUUGUUUACUUGCAUGAAGAAUGUUGCACCCAAAUAAUUCACUGUGACAUAAAGCCACAAAACAUCCUUCUUGAUGAUGACUACAAUGCCAAGAUUUCAGAUUUUGGGUUAGCAAAACUAUUAUUGAUUAAUCAAAGUCACACAAAAACCGGAAUCAGAGGAACCAAAGGUUAUGUUGCACCAGAUUGGUUUAGGAGUGCACCUAUCACUUCUAAGGUUGAUACUUUUAGUUUUGGAGUGUUGUUACUAGAGAUUAUUUGUUCUAGGAAAAAUAUAGAGGAUGAUACUGUUAGUGAAGAAAAAAGAAUUUUAAUUGAUUGGGCAUAUGAUUGCUACAAGACUGGUAGAAUGGAUAUUCUUUUAGAAAAUGAAUAUGAGGCUGACAAAGAUAUGAGUAGAUUUGAAAAAUUUGUCAUGAUUUCUAUUUGGUGCACUCAAGAAGAUCCAUCUCUAAGGCCACCAAUGAAGAAGGUGUUGUUAAUGCUAGAAGGGAUUGUUGAAGUUGAAAUUCCUCCAAAUCCCUACUUGUAUGGUUCUUCUAAUCAAAGUUAGUUCUCUUUAAAAUUUAGUUUUGAUGUUGCUUUUCACCUUUACUUACAAAGUGUAUUUGCUCAUUUUGUUUUUCUCUAAAGCAGGGAACAUAUCACUAAAAAAAUGAAUAUAUUAGAUCUAUAUUUUUCUCCCAUUCAGCAUUGCA